CAGCGCGCAGGUUGUCCGACAGCCAAGCCAAUCGCAUUGCAUCCCAUCGAAACGAAUUGAAUACAAAAACAAACAUUAAAAAUAGAGAAAUUUUCUUAACUGAACGCCGCGUUUCUACCACUUGGCUAAAUGCAAGCCACAAAUUGCUCGAUUGUUGAUCAUGUUUUGGCCAAAACAACUGCCGCUCACUGUUAGCCAACAGCUGCUGCUGCUUCUACUGCUGCUUGGCCUGCUGCAAUCUGAAAACGUGAAUGGAUUUAUCGUGCCCCAAGAGCUGCAGUCGGCGCUCUCGCUAGUUUACUCCAAUAUACCGCCCAUUAAAAAAGGCACUGAUUCGCGUCUUGGUUUCGGCUUUCGUCUUGGCGAGCAUGCGGAUUUCCAGGUGCUGCUCGAGCUGGGGCCACAGAAGAACACGCGUCCCUUAGGUGAUUCCAGCAAGGAUGAUCAGUCGUUCAAUAAGCGACAGGUGAGCGCCAGCGAUCAACGAGCACAUCUACGCCAGCAGCAGCUAAUGACCAGCACGGAGCGCAAUGCAGCCAGCUGGCUGGAGAGUUGGUCGAAUGGCAUGAAGCCUCAGCAGCAGCCAAAAUCCAAGUCGAAGCCCAGUCACAAGCAGGCCACAAAGCAGACACUGCCCACUCGCGCACCUUUACCAGCUGAUGCAGUGCAGCAGCUGCAACAGCUCUACAAAAUGGCCACAGAAGCAACACUCAGCUCAACUACCACAACGGUAGAGCCCCCAACAAGUGGAUCAUUAAAGGUCCAAGCUCCAAGUGGUUUCAAAUUGCCACCGCCUGCGCUCGAACAAGACACCAACUCCUUGGGCUACAGCAUCAAACACACAAAGAGCAGAGACGAAGUCACCAAGGAGCUCAUGAAUGUCAGUCUAGAGGCUUAGCUUGUAUAUAUAUA